UUUACCGAAAGAGCUAAGAAUAUGAAUUACUGCAGUCACGAAAGCUUUAAAUCAAAACAACAUUUUCUUAUAUUAAACAUAAUUUAUACCUAUAUUAGUGGUUUUUGGCAUCGAGAUCCACGGAAAAUUCAUCUUUUUUUAAUUAUCCGCUAUUUUGACGGGGCCAUCCUCUCCGUAUCAUUGGGCGGAGAAUUGAGUCUACUGUUUAUAUACUGCAUUAGGAUCUAUGCCCCUUACAAAUGUAAAUGAUUACUUUUGUUAUUGAGUAGCAUACACUCUUUUUGUAUGCAGCAACUGCAUGUGUUUGUGCUUAAACUUUGUAUUAUCCAAGCCAAAUUUACGAAGUAAUCUGAGGGUUUGACUUAUACAUCCCUGCAGGUAAUCCAUAUUGAUUCCAGGCUUAUCAGCGAUGAUUGAUCUGCGUCACAUCUGUUGCCGCUAUUAGAGGGGACUUGCUGGUUUUCAGAGACUUCGUGUUCCGCAUGGCCUUAGCGCAGCAGCGCAAGCAGGAACGUCUCUGGAGCGUUGUUGUCUGAGCCGAGCCGGCGCCACCUCUCACCGACCUGCGGUGCAUAAAUCCACCCGCCAUUGCCUCUCUUGAAUGUUUGCUUCCUCUGUGAGAAGGAGUAGAAGCGGUUUGCGGGAAGCUGUGCUCUGCACGCACCUUGCUCAAUUCAAGAAAUGCGUCAACUCUUAUCGAUUAUAAACUUUAACGGUGCUGCCGGUUGCUGGUCGCCUGACGUUUUGGGCGUUUGGGUUGUGUUCAGUAGCUGUGUUUGAACCCCCUCCCCCCCCCCAGCCGAGCAGUGAUGUACGCGUCUGUGCGGUGCACGUGGCGGUCACGUUUAAUUCCUUUUACGCAUCGCAAUAGCUUCGGUUUCAACAGCAUUUUCAGAAUGUGUAAGAUGCUGGAAAAGUUUAGUAAAAUUCUGAGUAUCCAGAAAUCAAUGAAAUGCUAUCGGCGGGCUGUUGGUGUGCGUUUCCGUUGACCGUGCGUGCCACUGCGCGAUCAGACGCGGGUAGCGAAACAGCGCUGGCUGACUGGUAAUGAUUACGAGACGGCGUGGCCGUGCUGCGGAGCGGAAUGAAGGGCAGGUAGAGCCUGCGGCUCAAACAGAUGUCACGCUGAAGGAUGUUUGCGGAGCAUGAAGCGCGGGGGUAACGUGAGGUCGGUAGGCGGUAGGGGGAGCGGUGGGGGGGGCCGGUGCACGGCUCACGCUGCGCCCGCGCGCCUCUUCACUUCACAUGUCGCUCAGUUUCAGCUGCCUCUAAGCACGGAUGGGAAUUGCACACGGCCAAGGUGCUGUGACAUGUAUAUGCAUGAUUUAAUUUGGAGUUAAGCCUCGGAAAUAUCUGGCCAAAUUUGUGUCUUAAAAACCCUUCCAACACUCAAACAAAUAAAAUGUUCACAUGCACGAGUAUUUCGUGCACCGAUUAAUUUUGUUUCAACCCACCGAUAAGUUUUGAAGAAGAAUUUUCAGAAACAAACUUAGCAAUUCAAAACGCGGCAUUUAUCUUGAAACUACGUCAAGCAUCUUGGGAACAAGAUCCAGGAAGUCGGAAUAAAAUUCCGGAAGUCACUCUCUGGCCAGAUCAUUGUGUUGCCUCACCCAAAAAUCCAUGAUGAUUCACAAUAUUGACUGUGAAAACCUACGCGUUCAACGUUAUACACGUUAGGAGUUAGAUAAUCCAUCUAUUCCUCUGGAUUCGAUAAAACGAGCACCAUUUUGUGGAGAAGUCAACAGUGGUUCUCAUGUGAAUAUGCUCAUCCCUGUCAUGGGAAUGUGGAAUUUACACCACAGGCCCUACAAAGCCGUAAGCAGAUGAGCCCCGCCUCGUUGCUCAUUUGACCAGGACAUCAUCUUUGACCUGUUUUUAGUGAUACGUUAGAUACACAGUGGCAGCGAAUGCACGGUGCGUGAGAUGGGCAUAUUGCUAAGCGUGCAUUUGCACAUGUGCUUUAGCAGCAGACUGAUCCACACUGCCAGGUGGAGGCCAACCAUUCCAACAGCCUUCAUGCCCUACGGGUCUCUUCCUCCCCUGUCACAAGCCAUUAGUUUCCAGUUCCCAGCAAGCCUGCAGGAAAUGUCAGCAAGGAACUAAAGUGUGCUGGCUGCCUUGCAAGAAAGAUCCUGGGUGCUCGUGCGUGGCGAGGCCGCGUGGGCACGGGGUUUAGGAGCAUGCGAGAUGCUCGCAUGCUUGUUGGGUGCGUGCUAGACUUAUUUUCGUUUUUUAAGGAACAAAACACAUCGUAAUAUGCCAAAUAUUUCCCGUUUGUGCAUGCAUACGAUGCUUGUUGAACAUUACACUGGAGUGUUUAUUUUUGUUUCACAGUUGCCGAGGCCCAGCAUGUUAAGUGGCCAGCAACAAACAGCACUAUCGAAGAGCUGCAAUAGAUAAGAGUGUUACACGUUUCUUGAAUUGAGGAGGAGAUUGGGAAAAGAGACGAUCGGAGGGCAUUCCAGUGUGGGGCAGUGCUAGGGGAGGGAGAAGCAGAGAGUGUUUUGAGCUGUACCGUGGUGGUUGAACAUCGUGUGCAUGAAGUAGUCGCGUCUGGGAGAGCUAUUCUUGUUCGUGUGUUGAGUUAAGGCCAUGAGAAAAGACGGUGCAAGGGAAUCGAAGCAGAUAAGUGCAAAUGUUAACGGGUGAGUGGAGGGCAAGGCACAGGUUAGAAACAGGGUUUGCCACUUGUCCCGGUUUUUGACCUGGUGUAGCCAUGAGUGGGCAUUUCUGUUUGGGUGGUAGCAGGAAUUGGUUUGUACCGAGGUCUGGUACCGUUAUUGUGCUGAACUUCAUUACGGUACACUGCACAGUUGUGAUAAUAGGCCUUCAGGGAUAUCGAGGUUUGGUCUUGAGUGGAAAAGGUGGCGGCCCUAGUUAGAUGCAUGUGGAAGGAUCUACUCCCCUCCCUUUUAAAAGGUGGACGGCACACUUAACCUAUCAUUGCCAGUGCAGUGUAUGCAUAUAACCGCCCACCGCCUUCCUGCCAAAUAAAUUCAAAACUGUUAACAUAAAAGCUAUUAUACACUCAGUAAUGCAUACAACGUCGAACUGUUUUACGUUUAAAGUUAUUCAAAACGUACGUUAUCUCUGUCUUGAUCUGUGGACCUUCGCUGUCGGUUUCCGUUUUGACGCACGCUGGCGUUUGUGGGAUUGAGCAGUCGGGGAUUUCCAUGGGCCUACCGCACGGCCGCUGCAGCUUAGCGGUGGCACGGUCCGGCUGUAGCACGUUCACCACUCGUUGUAGAGGUCCACUGUUUGAUUCCGCACGUCGCCCUGGUUGACAUCGCGGUGUGUGUCAACCAUAAAAGACCACUCGCUGUCCGCUUCGCUCGCGGUGGAUGUUAAGAGAUCCCUUCGUGUCAUUCAACGAUGAGUAGGCCAUUGUUUGCCGGUCAAAUAAUUUGUCAAAUUACAAUCGUCUCCCUCUAAGGUGAAAAUGUGGCCGGACUCUCCUGCAAAGGAGCCUCUUUGAGACUCUCCGGGGGUUAAACAAGUGUAAUGGUGAGAAUAAGUAAGAAUCUAUAUGGAGGUGAAGUGGGAUCUCGAGUGCCAAGUGCAUAAAGUCAGGCCGCAGGGCUGAGGCUGCUACAGUUGGCUGAGCAGUCUCAUGGGACUCGCACUCACUGCUGCCCCUGGCCAGACAGGAAGAUUAUUUCAAUCUGUCAGUCACAUUCACAAAGGCCCCCUACAAAUGAACUCAUUUGCUGUGAGCCAGCGCCAGUGAGGUUAUGCGUCCGAGGCCAGGCUCGUGUAUUUGUUCACUUGCUAUUUUGAUGCAAAUCUCAAGCGUAGACGUUGGAACUUUCUGUGAAUGCGCCUUUAUUCACCUCCACUCGUAAUGCACUGCCCAGUGUUACUCGGGGAAAGGGAGCUGCCGCAGUAGUGCGAGCACACUGGACUUCAGAGGUCGCCGUUCGUUGCCAUCUCCUGGCACGGCAGCUGAAACAAGGUUUUUAAAAUCCUCACAGAUUGUCAAUUAGAACGCCGCGUGUGGUGUGGCAAUAUGUGGAUACGCUCACGUCCUCUGACUGUUCUAGUCAACUCGGAAGUGUAGAGCAAAUACCCUCUCGGGUUCCCUCAAGCAGAGGCCAUUCCACCAACAGCAGAGUGAACAAGCAAUUGCAGGGCUGCCACUUUACUUUGACCAAAGGAAUAUCCAUUUGUAAGGUGUGGCGUCCUGCUGCUAUUGUAAAAUCAAAGCUGAUUGUAUUUUCCUUGAGGUUCUGUCACAAUAUAUUCAUAAUCUACAUUCAGAAUGCUUUCCUCUUAAUGCUGCGAUCAAGGCCAUCACACACGAGCGUGUUUAUAAUGGAUGCGGUGUGGGUGCAUUGUGCUCUGCAGUAUGAAUGAUUGUCGGUGGCUGUGGCCUGGUUGCUCAAUUGAGUGGCGCGUGCCUAUGGCCUCUGUUGCCACAAGGCAGCCACUGUGGGGACGCCCCAUAGUGAGGGCUUCAUUCGUGGCUCAGUGGCUGGAGGCGGCUGUGGGAGGAGCGUGGUUUGAUCCAGCCUGCUGCUGCUGCCAAGCGACAUGUGGUGGCUGAACUCAGCACAGCCGGGCACAAUUACGAGGAGAUUCUCUUUCUUGCGAGUUCACAUAGCCUGUGCCGUGUUCGCGUGCGAGCUGCCAUCCUGCGCGCCGCUCACGUUGGCCGCAUUUGCGAGUAGUGUGCGAGGAGACGAGGUGCGUGCGUGCGAGGUGUGUUUGCUCUCCUCGUGUAGCCAUCGCUCGUAGUGUCUCAGGAGGAUUACUGCGCGUUUAAGACCGUGUUAGUAACGAUUACGGAGAUCCUCGCAAAUUCCUCGCUCGGCGGCUGCCACGCUGCGUGCACGACCAGGCGUGGUGCUUGGAAUCCGUUUUUGGCUUCGGAGCGCACGGCGGCCGUUGUGAGAACGCGAGGCUGCGAAGGCAAGAUGAUCAAAUCUAGCUGGUUCUACGUGAAGUUCAAGUAUGUGGAGAAGGUGAAGGCACUCGCAGAGUCGUGCGAGAGGAACGGUGCAGACGAGGCGCUCAGAGGGGAUGGCAAGGACGUGCAGCGCAGCUCGUCGCAGGACCGGCAGAGCGACAUCUCCACACAUUCGGGCUCUGGAAGAGGCUACAUCUGCGACAGCGAGAGUGACAUCGAUGACCGGGUCUCCGACGUGAGCUCCGAGAAGCUCUUCAGUGCCGCGCCCACUAAAGUGUCUGGCUUCAGCAUUGCCGUGCUGACGGAUGAGAAGACGGAAGCGGUAGCGGAGAGCGCCAGUCCGCCGCCCGUGUCCGGGCUAGAGAGGAGCCGGGAGAGGCACCGCGACGCGUCGGUCGGCCGCCACGCGGUGGUGCCGCCACCGCCGCCGCCGAGCAGCGCGGCCGCCCCUCGCUCCGCCGGCCGGCCCCCCACCGCAUCGGCCACCGACCACCACCCCCGUAACGGCACCGCCGGCCAACCGCCGGCGACGCCCACGGCCGGGAGCCUCCCGCACGUCGCCCCCGCCCAGUCGCCCGCGGCGCCGACCGCCAACGGCCACCCCCACAACAGCGCCGCCAGGAGGAGCGCGACGCCUCUGAAGAGCCCGGCCCAACCCACGCACCUCCCCCCCUACCACCGGUCUCCCCCCACGCCCACCAUCCCCUACCACCCCUCCCCGGGGGCUCCUUCCCAGUCCCUCUCCUUCCCCGUCGGGGGCAGCCAGGCCGCCUCGCUACCCUACCCGGGGGCUCCCCUGCGCCCGCCGCCCUCCCUCCCCCCGCCUCACCCCCACCACGGCCACGGGAUGUUUGUGCCGCCCCCACCGCCCAGCCUUCCUCCCCCUCCGCCGCUCACGUCCGGCAGCCUGCAAGUGUCCGCGCACCCGUCCUCCGCAGGCUACCAAGACCCUCUGCUGCUGAGGCAGGAGCUGGACAGCCGCUUCUUGGCAUCUCAGGCCAGCGGCGAGCGGGGGCCGGCGCUAGGCCCAGCCGCGCAGUACAUGCGCGCCGAGUUCCACCAGCACCAGCAUCAGCACCAGCAUCAGCACCAGCACACGCACCAACACACGCACCAGCACACGUUCACGCCCUACCCGCCCGGCCUGCCGCCCAGCCUCCUGCCCGCGCCCGCGCCACCCCCGCCCCUGGUGGGUACCGCCGCCCCCAGAAACUUUGACAAAUACGGUCCCCGAUUAGAAAACCCCUUCUAUCGACACAGCUUCUUUGGGCCCUACCACCCCGGCCUGCCCGGCCUGGCCCCCAUCCUCCCCCCGGCCGGGCCCUUCUCCUCGCUGCAGGGCGCCUUCCAGCCCAAGAAUUCCAGUGCAGUUGACGUAGCGGGCAGACCAGGGCCUGCGCCUCACUCCAUGCUCCCCAAAGACCCCCGGUUCACGGACCCGUUCAGACUACCCUUGACCAAGCCGGGGAAGUGGUGCGCGGCUCACGUGCGCGUGGCCUGGCAGAUCUACUACCACCAGCAGAAGGUGAAGCAGAUGCAGCUGGACCCGCACAAGCUGGACUUCGGGGGCAAGGCCGACCUGCUCGGCCGCCCCCCCGUGCCCGGCCUCUUCCCGGGCUUUGCGCACCCCCACGAGCUGACGCGCCCCGCCACCCUCUUCUCGGCAGUGGCCGGGCCACCCCCCACGCAGUGCAUUCCCGGGCCCCCCACUCAUCACGGCAGCUUCCUCAACCCGGCCGCCCUCGACCCCUUCAGUCGGCCCAGUAGCUUUGGAGGUCUCUGCUCGCUCGGCACCAAUGCGUUUGGCGGCCUCGGCAACCCCGCGCUCAGUAAGCGCCUCCCCGUGGCAGCCUCGAACGGGGUGUACGGACAGAAGGAGGCCCUUGGCGUCCCCGCCAUGGGUGGCUCCCAGGACCCGUGGAACCGCCUCCACCGCACGCCGCCCUCCUUCCCCACGCCGCCGCCGUGGCCCAAGCCGCCCGCCGACCCCGAGCGGAGCAGCGCGCCGGCCGGGCCCAGCGAACACCGCGACCGCUCCACAGCGGAGCACAGCAAAUCGCGGCACUGCAGCUCCUCCUCGUCUCCCGCGGCGACAACGACAACGUCGACGCCUGGCCAUGGCGCGAGCCGAGGGCCGGGUCCCGCCGAGCCGGAGCGACCGCGCGCCGACUCCCGUGAGCGGGCGGCGGAGCGGGAUCGUGCGGCCGAGCGGGCGCACGCCGACUCGCGGGACAAGGACCGGGGCACCGUCGAGAGGGACGAUCGCUCGGUGGAGCGCCAGCCGGCAGCCGACGCCCGCGGCGGCGGCGGCGACAGGGACCGCACGGCGGAGCGCGAGCCGCCGGGUGCGGAGAGGAAGGACGACGACCGGGCCCGGGACUUCACCUUCCCCGGCAAGCAGCAGGCGAGCCACGAGCGCAGGGCGCACGCCGACGACUACGGCAAGGCCGCGUCGGCGCGAAGGCAGAGCGGCGGCGGUGGAGACGACGUCCGGCCCGGGAGCAACGACAGGAGGCCAAGCGCGGAGGAGCACGCGCGGUCAGGGAACGCGGAGCAGAGAAAAGCCCCGGAGGAUCACGGACGGCCUGGCAGCCGCGACCGGUGGCUGAGCCUGGAGGACUAUGGCAAGUCGGGCAGCCUCGACCGGAGACUUAACCCAGAGGAGCUCGCCAAGAGCGGCGGGCUGGACCUGCGCGGCGUGCCGGCGGAUGGAAGGGGCGGCUCCUCGCCCUUUCCGCGGCUCCUCACGGCCGACGAGAGCCGGCAGCUGAGAGAGGCGGAGAGACGGGCGGAGGGCCCCGCCCGGGAGAUGGAGCGCCGUGGGGAGCAGCCGAGGAAGCCCGGCGAUGUGCGCGUGAAGGAGGAGCGCAAGGAGGAGAGCGACGUGGUGCUGGUGCGCUCUGAACCCAUGCAGCAGCAGCAGCAGCAGCAGCAUCAGCACCACCAACCUCAGCCGCAUCCGCAGCAACUCCACACCCGGUCAAGUGACAACUCCCACCUGUCGGCCCCCAUGCACGCGUUCCCGCCGCCGCCACACGGCAUGGAGAUUUACCCGCUCGGCCUCAACGGCAUGGCGGGCCUGGAGCGCGGGCGGAUGGUCUCGGCCGCGGCAACCAACCCUUACCUGGGCCUGUCUCACCUGGCCGGGCGAGACCGCUACCCACUGUGGGACGGCAUCCGCCACCCGUUCCGCGACCACUACGCCGCGGCCAUGGACCACCGCAAGGAGAUGCUGGGCCGAGACUUUGUGGCGAUGCAGCGCUACGCCAACAUGCAGGCCAUGUACGACCAGAGCCGCGCGUACCGCGACCGCGAGCCGCACGACUACGGCCGCGAGCAGGCCAUCGCGAGCGGCCUCCUGUUGGACCCGCGCCGGCUGGCGAGCGACGAGCGCGAGCGCCUCCAUUCGCUGGAGCUGGAGCGCUCGCGCAUCCACCCAGCCGUCUCUUCCGCCGCCUCCUCCGCCAUGCUGCUCGACGCGCAGUUGCACACGUCGCUGGCCGGGGCGUCGCUACUUCCCGCCGGCUUCCCCGGGCUGCACUACCCACGCCUGCUGGGGCCCCACCUCCACCCCGGCUCCAUGCACCCGUCCCUGCACCCCCCCCACCACGGCCACGCGCCCCCCUCCUCCCACCCGCACGCUCACGGGGGCCACGGACACCACAACGGGGCGCUCGCCAAGACCCCACCCGCGGGGCCCCCCGCCACGAGCGGCCCUCCGCCGCUCAUCUCAGCCUCGGCCCGAGCGCCGUCGCCGCGCCGCUCCACGCCGCUCACGCCGGUCACGCCGCUGUCGGCGGCGCCGGGCGAUGCGCGGGACCGCUCCCCGACGCCGCGCGGCAGCCGCGAGGUGGAGGCUCGGUAACCCCCGGCCUCUCCCGGAGCUCGCCGAGCGCGGGACCUGCGCGCGCGUCUCCGCGCUUGCGUCUCGCGGAGCGAGCGGCGUUCGCGCGGAGGCGUCGCAACCCGGGCGCAGCCUCCGCUGGUUGCGCACGGGCGGUGCACCGAACCGACGCUUGGCAAGGUGGAGCGGAGGAGCAGGGGCCAGACUUGCAAGUUCAACUCGGCCUUCGCGCUUUAGCUGCCGAAACGAGCCUCAGCGUUUGGCAGACAGCGGAGGUUUGCUCGGCCGGCCGCCCUGCCAAGCGCCGUCGUCUUUGUCCACGAGUCCCUGGACCCUCUCCGUCGAGGGACCGACGGCGUCUGGCCGUGCUUAACGCGAAGGCUCCGCAUCAACUCUCCAACACGCAGCACUUAGUUCCAGUCUCCAAAGCGGCCUGGGUUCUGAUUGUGCAACAAUCUGCGGUGGGAGCGAAUUCUCGAACGAGCGCUACGUCCCGACACGGUGCGGCGACGACCUCCUUUUCGCAAGAGCUCCCCGUUGUCGCUCGCGUUUCAAGUCGGGCGGUUUUUGUGCCGACGCCGCGGUACCGGCACGGGGUUUGUCGUGGUCCCUGCUCUCUCGAGUCCCCCUCGUCCGCAGCAAACUCCUUCGCCGGUGUUCGUGACCCCGCCAGCGGCCGGGCAGCGCCGGUCGCGGAGGAGGCACUCGGACGCAGGGCGCAGCCUCGGCGCCACCGCCGCGUGUAAAUAAAUAAAUAAAUAGCGACCCUGCCCUUCCCCCGCAGCAGGAACGGCGUCAAGAGCACGGGCAGAUUUAAUAUACGUGCAUACGUAGGUGACAGAAGUCUAUAUUACAGUACCUAUUUAAAGUGUGAUGCAGUAUGAAUACAACUUUGAUGUCUAACGCUGUAUAAUUUUAAUUGUUUUGUAGAAUUUUGGAAGGUGGGGCCAUGGGAGCCAGGCAAAGCCAAAGUAGGCCCGGCCGCGUCGCCGGCUCCUUGCGUGUUCUGCGUCGCGCGAGGGUUUGCCGCUGCGUCGCGCGAGUGGAAUUUUUAACCCCCGGGGUUCCCUGAAGGCCGUGUAUAAAGGUGUACAUAGCUGCCGGUGCCCAGACCGCGUAGCGCCGACGCGGUCUGCGCGUGCGGUCAGUUGAGCGACUAUCCCAUCCAUGUCCGACUUCGAUCCCCCGAUUGGCGAGACCGCUCGCGUCGCGCCGCCGCACGGCAGGACGACGAUGGCGCCCUCGCCUCGAUCGCUCUGCGCGCCCAGACUGUUUCCGAACGCGCGGCGUGUCGUUUUAUUUUUUGUAGACCGCGCCGUUUAACCGGCCGCUGCGACGGCCGCUUCGUUGGCCUCGACCGCCGGGGGGGUGGGGGGCGGCAGCCGCCGCUCGGGCGAACGGGGAGCGCCCGGGGGGGUUGGCGCGUCGUGGCGGUUUUCAGAAACGCUGCUCCGGGGCCGGCUCGGAGACCAUGCCUUUUCCGUUUCAAACAAACUUGCCUGCCUUCAAAACCUUAACUCUGUGUGUACGGGGAAGCACAAACAGCCACCGUUAACCGUCACGCCAAAAAAAAGACCCGGUGUCGUCGGAGGAGACCGACGAGUUACCCUGCAGCCGUCCGGCGGAACGUCGCUGCGAACAUUGACGAGUUCCGCGAGCGACCGCGUUUUUCGGCGACGUUAACGGGAAUCGUUUCGAGAGGGAGACGGGAAGCCGUUUCUCCCGCGUUAAACUGCCAUUGCAUCACACAAUCUGGGAACGUGUACAUAUGUUUUAUAGCUGCUGGAGUGCGGGGACUGCGUUAGCUGUGCGGGUGACACAAAUUAAAUUUGUAAUUUUUAUAUUCCGUGCCCGAUGUGUACAGACUGGAGGGGCAGGGGGUGGGGGGGCCGGGGGGGAAGGGGGGGGGGGCCUCGCGGACGCGUUAUUUAUGAGUCGGUCGGCAGGUGGUCUUGUCCGUCCCGUGAUUAUAUAAUCAAAAAAAGCUUUGCGGUUUUUGUGGUGCCAUGUUCCGUUCUAUUUGUAUGAGCAGCCUGUUGAUACACACAAUGUUUUAUGUAAUUAUUACGUUGUUUGGCCCCGUUCGCCGCGUACAAUUACGUUUCCUGGCCACCGUUUUCCUCGUGCUAUUUCAUACGAGAUGAAGUACGGCCGAGAAUAAAGCCACGUGGCUCCUGA